GCUCUCUCCCGUCUCCUUGGCCUUCGGUCCCUUCCUCACUCCCUCCGCCUCUCAUUCUCCGGCGGCGAACGAAGCUUCUGUCGCCGGCCCAAACUCUUUUUGGGGCUCGAGUCCACUAUCGAGCACUCCAUUGCCUCCCUUGCCCGCGGCCUUCGAUUACUUGGAUCCAGGGGAAGAAAGAGGAGGGUGGAGGCGCCCCACGUAACGGUCGCCCGGUGCGGCGCCGUUAAGUAGCUUCCCAACUCCUCUCACGUGCGUUCUGCUUUGAGAUCCGUAAAAAAACGCUGACGUGGUGUUGUCGUAGAGGGCUCCAUAUUUGGAACACCCUUCAUAGAAUUUUUAUUCGACCCAACCUCAAAUCUCACUCUGUCCGUCAUCAUCUCUCCGUCCGUCCCCCGGUGGUUGAGGGCGGCUACCGGCGACCAUUGUCCUGCGAAUUGGGGGAAUCCCCCGGAAACCUAGGAAGAAAAGCCUAAGCGGAGAGAGAAAGAGAGCGAUGGCGAUUGCAAGAACGGGGGUUUUCGUGGACGAUUAUUUGGAGUAUUCGAGCACGUUGGCAGCGGAGCUGCAGCGGCUUCUCAACACGAUGAGAGAACUCGACGAUAGAGCCCAAGGUAUAAUCAACCAGACAAAGGAACAGACAAAGUACUGCUUAGGUAUGCCUCAUAGCUCAAAAAAGGUUGGGCAUGAAGAUGAAGAAGCUGCAUUUGAGAAGAUGAAGAAGGAGAUUGAAGCUAGCCAGGAAAGUGCAUUGAGCCUUUGUACUGAGAAAGUUUUGCUAGCACGACAAGCGUAUGAUCUGAUAGAGAGCCAUGUGAAAAGGCUUGAUGAGGACUUGAACCAGUUUGCGGAAGAUCUAAAGCAAGAAGGAAAAAUACCACCAGAUGAGCCAGCAAUCCUUCCGCCACUACCUAUAGUCACCAGGGAUGAAAAACGCAAGGCAGGUUAUAUAACACCUCAAUCAAAACGGUUGAAAGAAAAGGAUUGGGAGAGAGAGCGAGAUAUGGAUCUUGAGCUGAUGCCUCCUCCUGGCAGUCAUAAGAAAAAUAUUCCUGCAUCUGUUGAUGUUGAUCAACCAAUUGAUCCGAAUGAACCAACAUACUGUAUCUGCCAUCAGGUGUCUUUUGGAGAUAUGAUCGCAUGUGACAAUGAGAAUUGUGAAGGAGGUGAAUGGUUCCACUAUUCAUGUGUUGGCCUCACCCCUGAGACUAGAUUUAAGGGCAAAUGGUUUUGCCCAACAUGCAGGAAUCAACAAUAGUGGUUUGAUGUAGCUCCAGCCUAGGUGCAAGGUUCUGCCUUCCUGCAAUCAGCAUGGCCACUGCAUAUGAGCAAUACUAUAGUUCUUUUCUGUUCUAAAUUUUAAGCAGGUUGGAACAUUUCGGUUGAUGUAUAUUACGUGAUAAAAAAGGUUGGAACAUUUCUGUUGAUGUAUAUUACCUGAUAAAAGAAGUGCCUUCUUGUGUAAUUACUUUUCUGAACGACGAGUGCAUAUGCCAGUCUUAUCACAAAAGUCAAGGAGGGUUUGUGGGUCUAUUGUUGUCUACAGAAAUGCAGUGCAGGGUGGUUUCAAUUUCU